ACACAACACAAUCACGACAGGUAACCAAUUGGAUGUGCUGUAGUUUGUGAGACUUUUCAUCAUCACCCUUUGAAGUUUCAACAUUGUUAGUAACCUUCAAAAUUCAGAUAAUUUGAAAACCGAAAAAUACACCCUAAUCAAACCAAUCGAAGUCGGAAAUCGGAAUCCUCCCAAUCAGACAAAUCAAAUGAAUCCAUUUUAUCAAUUAAUAUUUUAAGCUAUUACGCCAACUAAUAUCUUCUGUAGAAAUAUAAAACAAAAAGUGUUCUUUAUUCAGGAAAGAGAAGUUUCAACCGAUUAUUUGUAGUGGGCAGAUUCAAAUCUGUAGGAACAGCUUUGUUAGAUUGCAAAACUCCCAAAUUCUUGUUGAAUUUCAACUUGGAAAGAGUUGAAAUUUGGUUUUUGAAGAAGGUUUAGAUGGCAAGAAUAAAGCCACAAGCUUUGUUGCAGCAAAGCAAGAAGAAGAAGGCACCAAGUAGGAUCAGUCUUACAACCAUACUUUUAUUCAGCUUGGUUGUUUUCAUUGUUGUUUUCUUCAUUUGCUCUGCUUACAAACAUUUUUCACACAGGUCAGUGAAUACAGAGGAGCAGAUUCGUUUUGGAGGUCGUAAGGGUCUUAGUGAUCCAAAGAAUGUUGAAGUUCCGAAAUAUGUGAUCAUCCGUACUUCAAAAGGCACAAUCGGUGUGGAGCUAUUCAAGGAUGGAUCUCCUGGAAUUGUUGAUGAAUUUAUUGAGUUGUGUCAGAAAGGGCAUUUCAAAGGGAUGCAAUUCCACCGUGUGAUAAAGCACUACGUGAUACAGGCAGGGGAUGUCCACAGUAUUGGACCGGCUGAAGAAUGGACUCUCAAGGGGAAGCACUACACCAAUCUUGAUAGAAGUGUAAAGCAUGAGGCUUUUAUGCUUGGAACUUCUAAGGCAAAGCACGACAAUAAAGGAUUUGAGCUAUAUAUAACAACUGCACCUAUUCCCGAUCUUAACGAGAAGAUUACUGUUUUUGGAAGAGUUAUCAAGGGAGAGGAGGUCGUUCAGGAAAUCGAGGAGGUGGAUACCGAUGAUCAUUACGUCCCAAAGUCAGCCAUUGGCAUCAUGGAUGUGACCCUUGAACAUAAGCUAUAAACAAAGCUCUACUAAAGUGCAGAAAUUCCAUCUGAGCUUCGCUAAAGCCUACUGAAGUUUCUCCGACACCUUGCAAAGGAAGUCAAAACAGCGCAAAAUGGGGAAACUAAUGACAUAGUCCUUGAUUUUGUUUUCUUUACUUGCAGCCUGCAGCGAAAUCGUUGUAGUAUUAGGAUUUUUCUGUGCCGGUUUCUUGCCCUAAUCCGAAACUUAGUCAACUUAACGUUUUUGUUAAGAGUUAUUGCAGCGAUGGAAGUUUUCCCUAUUGUAAUUCACUUCUAUAUGCUUUUCAAGAGCAACAUUCCGUUCUUGCGUCUCGUUUGAUUAAGAUUGUCAAGUAUAUCGGUGUUGAUUUGUGAGAACUUUCAUCUUCUUCGAUGUACAUCACUUGAGAAACUAUGGAAAUGUAUUAUGCGGCAUAAUGUGUUAUUUUAUAAAGCGUAUGGUGAAGUUUUAUGCGAA